AUGCCCAACAGGCGAGCAGAAGAGACAUCUCAGGACGAGGCUCUGCUGCAGAAGCAGCAUGAGAUCUACUGCGAGGACGUGGCAGCUCUCCGCAGCAGCAGCAGCAACAGCAGCAGCAUCCCUGAGCUGCAGCAAGAGUCUUUCUUAGCAGCAAAUGCAGCAGCAAUGGAGGUUAACAGCGGCGACUACACCACUUGGUACUUGAGGCGGAGGUUUCUAACCCUAAACCCUCAAUAUCUGAAUCAGGAUGAGCUGGUUUUGCCGGGAAGUGUGUGCCUGGAACUUGAAGAACUAUCAGGCGUGGUUUCACCGGCGGUGGCUGUUUGA